GACACAUAAACAACAGCAGAGGAGAUAGCUAUGGCUGUGUCAGCACCCUCGAGUGGGUCUGACCUCCAUCUUCCAGAGUUGAGGAUUGUGCUGCUGGGGAACAGAGAAUCUGGGAAGAGCUCAGCAGGAAACAUUAUCCUGGGCAAGGAAGAGUUUGACCCUGAUGCCAGAAGACUACAGUGUGUGAAAAGACAGGGAAAAGUAGCAGGUAGAAAUGUCACGGUGGUGGACACUCCAGGAUGGACUGACUGCAAUCUUCUGUUUAGUAAGGACUCACCAAACCUUCUCAAGCAGGAACUUGUUCUCAGUGUUGCUUUGUGUCCUCCUGGACCUCAUGCUUUUCUGCUGGUCAUCCAUGAGAACACAACCUUCUCAGAGGCGGAGAAAGAUGCCAUGUCAAACCACCUGAGUCUUCUGGGCCAUGACGCCUGGGAACACUCUCUAGUUCUCUUCAUUCAGGAGAGUCCUGCAAGAGAACAAGCCUUUGAGAAUAAAGGAAAAAUGAUGAAGUUGUUGUUAGAAGAAUGUGGAGGUAGGUACCAUGUUCUCAACAUCAACAAAAGGGAUGAUAAACAAGUUAAAGAGCUGCUGGAGAAGAUCGACUGUCUAGUGGCAGCAACUGAACAUCAAGAAAUGGACAGCAGGUCAUUCCCAUAUGUGGAGGGGAGGACUAAAUUAGAUAAAUGCACAGAGAGACGAAUGGAGACUGGAUCACUAACAGGUAAGAGGAGGAUACCUAAGGAAAAAAUUUAG